UUCCCGCUUGCGUCCAAUUUCUAAAAUAGAGAAACAACCACCAACAUUAGACGCGGCAAAUGAUCCAUCUCCUAUCCCAAUGGAACACGCAAAGACGUAUCCGCUAGCAGACCUCCUUCACUUCCCUCGUCCUCUCACCUCCGCCGCCUCUCUCCCCUUUCUAUCCACACCUCCUCCUCCGCAUCCUCAACAUCCCACUGACCACCGCAUUCUCGACACCCUCAACUACCCAACCGUCAUCGUCGGUACCCUAACUCUCCCCACUCACACAACUCCUUUUUUUUGCUCCUGCUUCAAAUUCUCUGAUGGUUCCACCACAGUCUGCUGCGAUAUCCUCUCCUUCCGCCUCGCAGCUGUCGGCAAGCAAAUCCGCGUCACCGCCUGGAAUUUCAUCCCGUUCAAACACCCCGGCGAUCUCGGACGCCGAAUCGGCUUCUUGGAGAUUAUCAAAUGGUGCUUUACCGAUCCCAACGAUGAGUCAAACCUUCCGGAUUUCCUUCCUCUUAAGCUGAAUUGUUCGGGAACCGGUUGCAAUAAUGGCGGUCGGAAUUUCAGGGGUGUCCAUGGAGUAGUGGAGUCAGUUGGCCCUCUUUCAAUUGUCCCGUGCAUCACGCCUCCGAGUGGGGAACCUGAUUGGAAUUCGAGUUCUAAGGUGAACUUGUUAGGUUUUCUGGUACAUUUGUUGUGCUGUGAGUGUAAGUUAUGUAGUUCUAGGGAGUUAGUAAACAAUUUGAGGAAUGGUUCAUUUGAAAUUGAGAAUAUUAAUGGUCAUUCUUUUACCAAAAUAGAGAUUUUGUAUUUUUGUGGCAAUGCAUCUUCGUUUCACCCGGUAAUGACUAAGCUGAUUGGUAAUCGUGUUGUGGUUUUGGGUUUGAAGAAGAAAUUGGUUUACAUAACCAAAGAGGAGUCUUGUUUGAUGUAUUUGACCUUGGAUGAGACAGUUUUGCACGUUUGUCCGCGUUUAGGGAAAUUGGCGCCAUGCUUGAAGAGUGAGAUUAAAGGGAAGGGUGAGUGUGGUUCUUAUACUGGUGUAAUUAGAGGUGUUUACAUGAAUGGGAUGGCUUUGGAGUUGGAUAAUAAUGUGUGGCUUCUUUUAACUGAUCGACUACAUACUAUGAUACAUGGUUUAAGAGUUGGUUCCAUCAUAUCUGUGAGAAAUGUCCAUUUUGUGGAUCCAAAGUUUUCGUGGACUAAAGUUGUUAUUCUUGGGGCGUGCGUCAAGACUAGCAUUAUUGUGGAGUCCUUCUCUCCGCUGGAAACUGUGUGUAAUGUAGUUUGGCAGUCUUCAAGUAUGCUAGGAAAAUUCAUUCAGUCAUUACCAUUUUCAGCAAGACUCUGGGUAUUACUUCUCAUCUCAAGUUUGCGUAAAAAGUUUGCUGGUAUCCUAUCUGACAACGAGAUUUUGGGAUCAAAACAUAAAGAAGGACUAGCUCAGAUGCAUGCUAGUUCACUGUUAUCUCCUUCAUUAUUUCAAACUCAGCAUGGUGCUUUCUUGGGGCUGAGUAGACAUGACUCUAACGGCUGCAGUAGAGAAAUGAAUUGCAGUUUUCUGGAAUUGGUAGUACCAACAUCUAUCUUCAUCUAUCACUGUAUAAACAUAUUACAAAGAAUGCUAAAGGCAGAAAAUCACUGUAAGUUACUGUCUGUUGGCAAUCAUUUCAGUAUUUUAUCACGUCGAGGCAGAUACAACGGUACAUCAGUAAGAAGGAUCCUUCCAAGUGAAGAUGUAGGCAUUGUUUUGCUUGGAUAUCUAAAGGUUGAUCCAUUGACUAGAAGAUUGCAGCUGGUUGAUGCGACUGGUGGCAUUGAUGUUCUUAUACCAGACCUUCCCUUGACUUGGAAUUCCAAUGACAUAUUUGAGGUGACAAACUAUGAUGUUAUUGUGGAUGGCAAUGGUGAACUUGUGGAUCAGUUGGAAUUGAAUGAAUCAUUAUCGUGCAGAGUGAUCUUCAAUUGUACCCAAGUGAAAAGAGAAUUUAGCACAUCGAUUUCUGUUUACUGUCUUUGGAAGAAUAUUAAAUGCAGAAAUUUUCCCCUUUAUCCUUGCAUCAAUAGUAAGAAUGAAACUAAGAUACUUGAAUCUGGAUCCUACCAAUUACUACGGGUAUCUCACAAAUUUCCUCUGCAAGAAAAGUAUUCUAAUAAUGUGAGGUCCAACAAGUCAAGUACUUUUGUUGAAGCUAUACUUUUGCCUUACAUUUUACUGCUUGAUGGGAAGCCUGGAAUUUCACAUUCAUGCAAUGUUUAUGGGGACAAGACAUUAGAACUUUCAAAAUAUUGCUUCAAUGGUAAUAAUGAAGAGCAUGUUUCCAUUAAGAGGCAAAAACUUAUUAAGAAAUCAGUAAAUACAUCAAAGGAUGAGUUUCACACUUCCGUCUAUGAGCUGAAUGUUUGCUCUAAUACUUUUAGGGAAUCAAAAGAGAACACAAAUUGUGACGAUUUGAGUUCUCCUGAUAUAUCUUGUAUGGUUACUUUUAGAGGCCUUCAAAAGGAGAAUGUGGUUUGCCCAGCUCUGUUGCGUUCUAAAUCACCUAGGAAAGAUAUGAGUCUUAAUUCAAAACCUACUGCAAGGAAAAUUUUGCUUGAGUUCUCAUCUGAUACAUUUUUAAAGUAUCAGUUGUUGCAAAUUGGUGGUUAUUACAUCAUAGAACAUAAUGAAAAAGAUUGCUUCAGUACCACAAAUGAUGCUGGUUUUGGUAGCGGUGGUGCUGCUAAAUUUCUUAUUGAUUAUGGAAAUCAUAUCUGGAGCCUUGCAUUUAUUUUUGAUGAUGUUCUUUUCAAUUAUAAAUCAGUAUAUACAUCUGCAGAAGAUUCUUCACCUCCUGUCAUUCAUGGGGCUGUGCCUAAAGAUCAAAUUGAACAGCAACUUCGGAGUUCCAAUGGUGAUUCUUCAGGUGUCUGUUCCGAUGUUUGUAUUUAUCUACCUGUCAACCUUACAGGUCUUUUAGAAGAUAAUAUUAUGGAAUCAGAAGAUGGUCAAAUCCAGAAAUUUGCAACAUCAGAACAUAGUGCAAACAUUUGUUUCAACAUUGGGACUGUAGUGGAUUGGCCUAAUUUUUGUUCUGGCCCUCGUAGUUCACACUGCUUAUUUCCUGAGGGCAAGUUGAUUUCUCUCAAAGGAAAUGUAGUUGACAUUCAUGACCUCACCUCUAGUUACUGCAGUUCAUGCUCAAGUGGGUUAAGCCUUGAUGCUCUUCAAAUGAAAGUCCUUGUUGGGACUAAAGGAAGUUUUUGUAUUCAUGUUUUAGUGCAUCAUAGUAUUGUGAAUAUUUUUGGUUCAAUAAGCAAACAUGCUUUUCCUACUGGUUUUGGACCUGGUGUAACUGCAACAUUUCAUCGAAUCCUUGAUGCAAGGGCCCAAAAAUUUAUGUUGCUGCCUGUGUCAUAUAUUGAAAUAAAUUCGAUAGAAGUAUAUGAUAAACAACGCAGUGACAGGUUGUCCCCUUUAAGGCCUCUAAAAGAUGCAUAUAGUGCAUGUCAGGAUUCUUUCUCUUGUUUGAUUUCCCAGUUGCCUCAGUGCCCGAGUCAAAAUCAAAUAGUGCUUCGAAGCAGGGUUGUUGCCGUUAUUGAUUUAGUUCUAGAGAGGAAGAUCACUAAUUUAUAUGCAGAAACGAAAUUGAAUUCUAAGGGGAUUCUUUUGGACAUUCCACUUGCUUGUUUUAUGUUGGAUGAUGGGUCCUCAUCAUGCAGUUGCUGGGCUAAUGCUGAGAGGGCAGCAACCUUGUUGAGACUGCAAGAAGAACCCACCACAUCUUAUCAUCUUGGCAGAAUUUUGAAGAAGUACAAGAGAAUUACUGUGAAAAACCGUGGAUCAUUUAUUGAUUUUCCAUACCAAGAUCUUGUUGUCUCUGUUACUUCCGGUGAUGCUCUUAACAGUUCCGAUGAAAACCUCAUCAAGUACAUAAUCUUCAAUGCAUGUGUUGGAAGAACAUGGAAUGUAGUUGCCAGUGUGAUUGAUUCAGAGGAAGUUACACGGUUGAAGAAUGAAUACCUUACACAAAUGGUGAAUAUGCAAUCCAUGCGGAAUAUAUGGGCAAAAGAAAUCUCUUGCUCCCGUGGUCUGCUUGAGGCAAGAAAUAUGAUUCAGGAACUUUUGAAACGUUAGUGCUUAUGAUCAAAUUAUGAGGUCCUGUAUCGGAUUUUCACAUGCAUUUUUUGUGAAUAAAUUAUAUAGCAGAUUAUUGCUGAAAUAGUUAUCAAAAGUAGCAUCCUGUAAACGAGGUACCCGGUGAUGUAUAUGAAGUUCUCAUAUUGUGACAGAAUUUAUGAUUAUUUUUUGUACGAUACCCUGAAUUCUGAAGCAAAUAUAAUUUUUAUAAUUAGUAUGUACAA